ACAUGCAGGUGAAACUAAAACAAAACUUAUCUGCCUGCUGUAUUCUACUCUAAUCCAUGCAAUCCUCACCUCUCUCCCAUCUUUCUAUUUCACACUACCACCUGCUAAGCAAAAAAUAACCGUUUUUCUUGCUUGCUUUAAGCAUGUGUUGAACUCCGGCAAAUUAAUGGACAGAGACACAGUUUUUGCUCCGGUCGAAACUCAGGCGGCUCUGAAGAAGAAGACGGCUGUCUCUACGAAUUGGAUUUUGCUGGAUAGCAAUGGACAGAGUACGAUUCUUGAUGUGGACAAGUAUGCUAUUAUGCGGAGAGUUCAAAUUCACGCUCGAGAUCUUCGAAUGCUUGAUCCUCUUUUAUCUUAUCCUUCUACUAUUUUAGGCCGAGAGCGAGUUAUUGUUCUCAAUUUGGAGCAUAUUAAAGCUAUAAUCACAGCAGAAGAGGUGUUGCUUAGAGAUCCAAUGGAUGAUAAUGUAAUUCCUAUUGUUGAAGAGCUUCGAAGACGGUUGCCUCUUGUGUGUGUCACUACUAGUCAAGUUCAAGGUGAAGAAGAUGAGCAGCACUCUGGGGUGCAAAAAGAUGUCGAUACGGGCGAAGAAAUCGAAUUUCCAUUUGAAUUCCGAGCAUUAGAGGUUGCAUUGGAAGCCAUUUGUAGUUUUCUAGAUGCGCGUACUCAAGAAUUGGAGACGGAUGCUUAUCCUGCUUUAGAUGAGCUUACCUCCAAGAUUAGCAGUCUUAACUUGGAUCGGGUGCGUAAAUUGAAGAGUUCUAUGACCAGAUUGACUAAUCGGGUUCAAAAGAUAAGAGAUGAACUUGAACAACUUCUGGAUGAUGACGAUGACAUGGCAGACCUUUACUUAUCUAGAAAGUUGGUUAGCUUUUCACCUGUUAGUAGCUCUGGAGCUCCUGGCAAUUGGUUUCUUAGCUCUCCCACUAUAGGCUCUAAGAUAUCCAGAACAAGCAGGGCCAGUGUGACAACAAUGCAAGAAGAGCAUGAUGUCGAGGAGCUUGAGAUGUUGCUUGAGGCUUACUUCAUGCAGAUUGACGGCACAUUGAACAAAUUGACGACGCUGCGGGAAUAUAUUGAUGACACAGAGGAUUAUAUCAAUAUCCAGCUUGAUAAUCAUCGAAAUCAACUUAUUCAGCUGGAGCUGUUCCUAUGUUCAGGAACUGUGUGUUUGUCUGUAUAUUCGUUGGUGGCAGCAAUUUUUGGCAUGAACUUGAAGUAUACAUGGAGGGAGGGUCAUAGUUACGUAUUUAAAUGGGUGGUAAUUAUCACAAGUAUGCUUUGUGCAACCCUAUUUGCGUCAAUAAUUUCGUACGCUCGGCAUAAGGGUCUUGUUGGGUCGUGAAUUGAAGUGUACAUAUUUAGGAUACGAUCCUUUAUUCGAACAUGAUAUAUUAUGUUCAAUCAAUCAAUCUAGACCGAAAGGAGAAAGAUAUAAAGACAAACUUAUCAACAAGUGGAUCAGCAAAUUCAAAUUGCAAAACCAAAAUACAAAACCAAUGCUGUAGUAUGGACCCUCUCAUAUAUAUAAUUAGCCAUUGAAUUCAGCCACAAAAGUGCAACGAGCCUACACCCAACAAUUCUUAUGGUUAUCAUAAUGUUCUUUGUGUUGGAUCUUAAAGUCAAAAUUUCGGUCUCAAUAUUCAUCAUUCAUGGUAUUGUUGUUAUUUUUUUAUUAUAAUAAUACAUGUAACGUUCGAUUUAUGAUGUGUAUACAGUUUGGUAGUGAGGGAGUGAUUUGAUUGAUAUUUUUAUUUAAUAAAAUUUGUGUAAGUUUUCAUAUGAUUA